AUUUUGCGAGCGACGGGUUGUUGUUGCACUUUCUGCAUUUCAUGUCCAAAUUUUAACCGAGCUCUCAAAUUUAACUCAGUUAAACAUGCCGGGCGCGGCACGUGGGGGCAAUAGGGCUCCGAUUACGGAACAAAUUGCCGAGCUACAGAGAAAGAUUGCCCUUCUAGAUGGUGAUAGAAAGGCGUAUUAUGAAAGCUCACAAUGGACGAUGAAGAAGAACCGCGAAACCAUUGCCAAAAUGCGCAAAGAGAACAAGGAUCUGCACAAAAAUCUUGCUAACAGUAAAGCUGGAGAUGAAAAAGUGAUCAAUACAGCUUUCCAUGACAGGAAUGUUGAGAAGGCAGCAUUACGAGGAAAAUCGGGAAAGGAAGCCAUUGCCGUCAUGGAUCAGAAAGUAUGUGAAGCUAUCAAAAAACUGAACGCCAUGAGAGCAAUGACUGAAAGAAAGCAGAGAAAACUGAAAGAGACAAACACACAGCUUGGCCAAAUGAAAAAGGAUUCUGCUGAUGCAGAUGCCAUGGAUGAGGGAACGUCUGACGAAGCUCAGCGUCUGAGAGCUUUGGAAAAUCGACUAGACAAGGCUAAUCUGAAACUGCAUGAAGCUGAACACAUCAACAGAACAUAUGAGAGCAUCAAAGAACAGAUGUUGGGAGAUGCAUUGACAUUUGGUAAUCAGCUCGAUGAAACUGAACAAGAAAUCAAGUCUUUAAAAGAAGAGUUAGAAGAGUUGAAAAAGAUGAACCAAGAUGCCCAGAUUUCAAGAGAUGCUGCCAAGGCUGAAUUGUCAAAACAUGAGGAAACAGUGUACAGAGAAAAAAGAGAUCGUGAAGUAGCACUGAAUGAGUUGAAGAAACAAGCUGAAGAGAAGCAACAUGCAGAGCGUGUUGAAAGACGGUUGCAGCGAUCAUCCAUACAACAUGAUGAUUUGACGGCUGAACAGAAACAGGCUCUGAGCGGGGAAGAACAAGAGAAAAAGAUUAGCACUUAUGAAGAAGCCUUCAAUGCCAUCAAAGAGGCCACAGGUGUAUCGGACCUCGCCGAAGUAGUCGCUCGAUUUGAAUCACAAGAAGAUACCACUAAACAUCUUGAAGAAUUGAAGAAAGACAGCGAGAAACAAUUGGCACGUCUUAAAGAAGAGAAGGAGAAACUGCAGAAGGAGUUUGAGGAGAUGAAGUAUUCUGGUGAAGCCAAGUUGUCUAGUGGUCAACGUAUGCUUGAAGAUUUCCAAUCACAUUUAGACGCUGAAGAAACUCGUCGUGAUGAAGCAUUCAAUAAAUUAGACGGUUCCAGUAAAUUGCUUGUCAAUGUCAAAUCCGGUGUGGAACAUUUGUCUGAUAAACUACAACACCUUAAAGCUACAAAGGGACAUGUACCUCAAGCCCAGCUAUCACCGUCCUCUGAUGAGUACGUACUAGAUCUAUUAUCACAGUGUGAGGAGAAACUAUUAAAACUAAUGGAAGAACUAGAUGGCAAAGAUGUAGAUGAAACUUUAAAAGCCAUGGACGAAGAAGAGUUCCAUGCUGGUAUUGAAGGCAGUCUGCCACAGUAUAAUACACGUAUAAAAUUACCAACAACACAAAAAGAUCUGGUUUAUGAUGAAGAUGACGACAGUGGGGAUGAUGAAGAUGUCAUCACGAGGAUACAGCUUAAAAAGCAGGCUCAACAAAUCGUUGAUUCUAAAACCAAGAAACACAAAGUGCGUUCCCGAAAGAAGAAAGCAAAGGCAUAAGUUAUAUCAUCAAUGUAAAUUUUCUGGCAGUCCGAAAACGGGAGGUAUAAUGCAUUAUGGGUACUUAAUAUUCUCAAAAUAACAAAUUGUCAUCUGAACUAAGAUGAGAGAAAUAUUUAAAAACUAUUUCAUAUACAAGUGCCCAUUGUUAUCAAUUUUAUUUUGAAAAUGGAGAGAAGUGGGAAGGGGGGACUGGAAGUAUGUGUUUCAGUUUGUGAAUACAAAAGAAAAAUUAUUACUUGUUAAAAAAAAAAAUUAAAUUCAGCAGUGGUUCUCAUGUUUAUUGUGUUUAGGAAUAUUAUCUCUUACUGGUAAAAUUAGUUACAUCUGAUGAUUGAAUCAUGUCUGAAGCAUUCAAUGUCAGAAUUUGUGGUCUAUUUUCAAACCUGAUAAACAGAAGAUGAUGACAGCGGCAGUGAUGAAGUGAUGCAUGUACAUAACAGAGCUUACAAAUGCUACAAUGUUGAAAAUUAUGUUUGUCUUAGUUGUACGAUACACAAAACUCUGGAUCAUUAUUGAAAGGUUAUUGUAAGGUGUGACUAAUGCGUAGAGUUUUGUGGAUAAAACAACCUACAAAAAAAUUAGUAUAUAUGCCAUGUAUUGAGAUUUUAAAAUGCCAAAAACUAUUGCAUAAAAUAAAUGUUGUUUUUGCUACUGGUACUGAAUUGUAUGUACAAAAAGACCCACGUUUGUUUCUGAUAAUUACUUUUAAUGAAAGGAGUACCACUAUAUUGCUGUGAUUUUCACUUGAAUAUGCAAAAAAAAUGUCUUUUUCAGAGUUAGUUUAACAUUCUGCUGUAUAUUGUUGCUACUUUUCAUCAUUGUAAAUUCUUUGUGUGAUAGUGGUUAAUAAAAUAUAUUAUUGG